AUGACGUCACCGCCGCCGGGGCGGGCCGAGCCGGCCGCUCCGCCAGCGGCAGCGAGCGAGGGCGCCGGCGCCGCGCGCGACGCGGGCCCCGCGGAGGUACUCGACGUACGCGCGGACGCGGUCAUCACUUCGGAUGCCGCUAAUUCCUUAUCGAGAAAAUCGAAGGAGUUCCGUAAAUACUUACAAUCCCAAGGGAUCAGGCAAGUACUGUCCGCUCCUUAUCAUCCGGCGACGAACGGCCAAGCGGAACGAACGGUACAGACCGUAAAGGCUAAAUUAAGAAAAUUGACUUCAGGACCAUGGGAAGCGAGAUUAGCAGCGGUGCUGUAUGGUUUACGCACUACACCUAACAGCGUCAACGACAAAACUCCGGCUGAGCUCCUGAACAAUAGGCGAUUUAGAACGAAGUUUGAUAAGUUGAACCCUCUGUUUUCUCGGUGUGCUGAUACAGAUGAAGCAGUAGAAAAGAAUAGUGCCACGAAGAACAGGGAGUUUCAAACUGGCCAGUCAGUAUAUCUCAAGAACUACUGCGGGGGACCACGCUGGUUAAAAGGAAUGGUGGAAAAGCGAUUAGGGGUUUGCAGAUACUUAGUGAGAUGGAACGAUAAGCUGCUAGUGAGACACAUCAAUCAGAUGCUUCGUUGCGGGGAGGAAAGUCGGAAGAAAGUUCCUGAGGCAACCGAUGGGGCUACAGAUGACGAUGACGAGGAUACCCGAAUCUCGAUACCGUCGCCGCAUCGUUGGGCCGACAUCAUAGGCGUGUCCGGACCCCAAGACAUCGCGAUACACAGAAACUCUCAAAACACAGCAUCCAGCAGCCAUAAACGUGCCAGGCAGACCACACCCCCAGAGUCGCCCGAUCAUAAGAGAAUAGCCCUAGGAAAUAGUGACAGUGAGUCAGAGUUAUCUCAAGGUAGGGAUGUAGAGACAGAGGAAGAAUAG